CUAAAGUUUUAUCUUCUGCUAAAAAUGCUGUUAAAAUAGUUGAAUCUAAAGCUACAACUACAGCAGAUAUUUUUUUAUUUCUUGUCAAGAUGGCAACGGCUAUUAAUACACUUAACAAAAAUGAUUUAUCAGAACGUACUGAAUUUC